AUGCAGCUCAUCACUGUCCUUUCUGUCGCGACCACCAUGGUCGCAACUGCCUCCGCCAGGAGCGCAGUCGCCCUCAACAAGGAGUGCGAUACCAGCAAGCCCAUGGCUCGCGUGCACAACCGCUGCAAAUACGACGUUCACCUGUGGUCUGUCUACAAGGGUGACGGCUGCCCGACCGACGAGAUGGUCACACUGAAGAGCGGCGAGACCUACCAGGAGAACUACCAGGACCCCAAGGGUGGAGACGUCGGUGUCUCUAUCAAGAUCUCCAAGUCCCAGGAGUGCAAGGGCAACUACAUCACCCAGCUCGAGUACUUCAUCCAGAAGAACUCUCCCGGCUUCAACUACAACUACCUUGAUGUCUCUUACGUUGACUGCCCCUCCAACGACGCCGACUGCCCCACCAGGCAGGAAGGCUACUACCUGAGCGUUGGUUCUCAGCAGGGCGCUGUCAAGGCGUCUGCCGCCAACACCUGGUGCCCGGUCAUGACCUGCAGCGACCCCGCCUCUUGCAACAAGAUCUCCUACGUCCUUCCCGAUGACGUCCAGACCAAGACAUGCGAGCCUGACCAGAACAUGGACUUCUACAUGUGCGGUGGAUCCGGUCCUGAUGAGGAGAGCGAGAGCAGCGCUGCUCCUUCUGCGGCUCCCUCUACCUCCGAGAAGCCCUCCUCCUCUGCGCAGGCUACUUCCAGCGCCGUUGCCUCGUCCAAGGCCACCUACGAGGAAGACUUCAAGGUCGCCGCCGCCGCCGUCACUCCUGCCCCCGAGCCCGAGGUCGUCCAGCAGUCGCAGAAGACCAAGACCGAGGUCGUCUACGUUACUGCUUACGAGACCAUCAACGCUAAGAGGCACGCUCACGGCCACGCUCGCCGCCACCAGCCCUUCAACGCAUAA